AUGAGUGCCCCAGAACUCUCCAAUGCUCGAGUGACGAUUGAGACCACGAAAGCAUCCAAGGUCAUCUGCGUGGCAUGGGAGCUCGCGGACGAGAAGAUCGAGAUUGACGGGGAGUGGCUCGUCGAGUGGGACGACAUGUACCCGGAGCUUCCGGAGGACGUGCAGAGCGCGCCCGGAGCGCAAGGCGGGUACGCUGCACUGCAAAAAGAGCGGGCGAGCAGCGAAGCCAGCAACCCGUCGUUAAGCAAGCUCCGCGAUGCCGCGCGAGCCGACGAGCCCAUCCCCACCGGCCCGCUCUCCACCGCGCGCCUCCUGGAAUUCGAGAACGGCCCCAAUCUUGGGGAACUGCAGGACGAUCUGCCGACGUUCUUUGCGGCUCGUCCGGUCGUUCAGGCCCCGGAACAUAUCCUCUCUGACAGUAGUAGCGUCUCGAAAAAGACGGAGGUGCUGUUUCUCCUCGCCGAUGCGACGCCCGUCCCGAGCUCCGUCAGGAUAUUCUUCAUUCCUACGUGGACCCCUCCAAACACCCCUCCUACCCUCCUCGCUGAGAUCCCCGAGGGCCAUUACGGCCCCCCCUCCGAACAAGGAACGGCGGCGCUGCACACGGCAUGGUCGACGAAGCGCCUCGAGGACCUCAAGGCGCUGCAGGAUAUUGCUAACGAGCUCGAGCUCGAAGGCUCCCGCGGGACCACCAAGGGCCGCCUGAAGGUCGGCGUCGAGGGUGGAGGCAUGGAUGAGGAGGCGGUGCGCCGGGAGGGGUGGAUGGUGGGCGAAGAGCAGGUAUGGGUAGUCGAGAAAUUCCUCACGUCCAAGCCGUCGCCGAAGGAGGAGGAGUCGGCAGUCAUGGACCCGUUCACCGGCCUAGGGAUCAGCACGGGCAUGCACUUUCCCAACACAUCGUCGGUGCGACCGGCGCCACCGGGCCUCGUCGAGGAAGAGGAGGAGGAGGAUCUGUUCGCGCUGCCCCUUAGUCCGCGCAGUCCGGACAUGACAAUGAGUCCGUUCUCCAUGUUUAGAGGCGAUGUUCUGCCGAGUUCUAAGCCUCCGUUCUCCAGUAAACUGAGACAGGUCGAAAGCAUCGAUGCUGCUGCUAUUAGCAUGGGGCUGGGGCUGGGGCUGCCAACGACGACGACGACGACGACGAUGGGCGAGCCGAGAGCGAAGACGGCGGGUGCGCCACCAACACCCCCGAGGGAUGCGUAG